CGCUAGUUUAGUUUCCUUCGAACUUUUCUACCGUGCGGACGUGUUUUUGUUUUUCGAGGGGGGUUAUUUGCUCUGUUAAAGGGCGUCGCGACGUGCGUGUGGGUGGCAUUUUUGCACACACUACACGGUAUUAUUGUUAUUACUGGGCGACGAACGUCGUUAUUGCGUGCGUGAAAGUCGCGGGUGUCGUUUGUGUACAGUCGGAUCGGGUUUCGGAUUACGGUUCGAUUGGAUAUUGGAUGCUCCUUGAUCGAUGGUGAUUGGCAGUUGAAGCCACUAUCAAAAAGUUGGUGGAUUUGAUGUGUUUUUGAAUUUUCGAAAACGGUUCCUGUGGAAGGCUGUUAAGCCCAGUGCUUGUUCUAGCGCUUGAACGAGUCUAGCCUAGCUUGGAGUAUUUACUGUUGGUGUAUCGCUGGCGCACAGCUUGUUUCGCAUCGAUGAACUCUGAAAAUUUUACGGUACGAAAAUCAUUGCAAGGUCCUAAUUUAUCACACGAAAAAAAAUCAAACGAACCCACCGAAGGAUAGGGAAAUCGAGCAAAAAAUGCACCGGACUGCAUUCGACUGAUGACGACGAUUUAUUUGACCGUUCCUUUGGCGACAAAAGAAACCGCUUAUCAAGUAAAGGGGGGAAAGCAAAAUCCAUAUUUGUGAUUGGUUUGAACAGAAUAGAAGAGAGAGAACAAAAAAAACGGAACCGGAAACACCCACACCCCAACGACUGGUAAUGGAGUAGAACGCCACCGAUACUUGACCAUUGCUUCCGGGUUGCAAGCAAUUUAGGUUCAGGUGCAAAAACAGUGUGUGUGGUGUUCUAUCGGAUCGAUCGAUUGUUGUCACCUCGAUGGUUUUUUAUCGAAACUUGUGAAUCGACUUCCGGGCACCAGUGUUUCCGAUUCAGGUGGUGGUUAAAUCAAAAUCGACGGAUAAAAUAGAGAGGUGUUUCGCGAGCAAUUCCUAUUGAUGGAAUUCGAUUAGUGUCGAUUAUUUGUCGAAAGUGAAAAUCGAAGCUUCUUCGUGAGCGCGUCUCAGCGACUACUCUGAUUAAUUGUAGCCAUCAAUUUUGGCGUGCGGCACAACAUGAAAGAAGAAGCACGAAGGUGGAGGAAAAAUAAAAGUUAUCGUGAGGUGCGCGAAUUAUUAUUAUUGUUGAACGAAAGCAAGUUUUUCCACCACACCGAGGCAUCGUUAUUGGUCGCGGAAAAAUGACCGAAGAAGAUGCUCUCUAGCGGCAGAAGAAAAGUGAUAAAAUUUUAUUGCUAAUUGAUCGGUAUCUUUUUUAGCUGCGCUGCUCAUAGCUUUUUUCGAAGAAAAAAAGGGGAGGCUGGCGCGAAAAAGUUUUUCUCCAUUCGUGCGGCGCCGCUUCUGGCAGUGAUUUCGGAAGCGUGACAGCACCCCCGGAGGAUGAUGGUGUUGGAGGGAAAAAACAACCCCCGGUGAAGAAAAAACACGAAAAAAGUCGAAGAAGAUAAGCAAAAGGGAAAUUUUUACGCGAAAAGCUAUCCAAAACUUGUUCGAAAACCGAAAUAGCCGGAGCAAUAACAGCAAUAAAGAAAAGAAAAUUAAAGAGCACUGGUUCGCGAAAAUUUUCUGAAAGUGUAGAUAACAUUAAACAACUUAAGCGAAAAGAGGAAGCAGAGGAAGGAAAAGUCGAAAAACAAAUUCCUCCUGAAGGCUACAAAAGUUUAGUGCACCUCGCACAGGUUGGGGGCAUACUUACAAGAAAGCACGCACACAUCCACAUUACACCAAAAGUCACCAAAAGUUGAGUGAAGAAAAAAGUGAACCCCCACUCAAGUGGAAAGGUAAAGUUACACCGACCAUCAUCGGAGAAGAUUUAUUGUUAUUUCCAGUUAUUUCUUAUCAUCCGGUCCACGUGGAUGGAAGCACCGAUCGAAAAUUGCACCAUGCACCACCAUCACCCAUGAUCGUCACAUUACCACCUUCAAGCACCUGAAGAAGUUUUUACAACUAAGGAAGUUUUUAUUUUGGUUGGAAGUGGGAAGGUGUCGAAAAACUUUUGCACGUGGAAGGUGCCAGAAUUGUUGAACCAGAGGAAAGGCGAAGCACUUGGCUUGAAACAUCAUCACUGACUACGUGAACUCAUUCUAAAACGAUGGGAGCUUUACCGCGAAACGCACCUAACUGUGGCUUAAUUUGACGCGAGACACCUGAACUGAACCAACUCUGAAGGAGGCCGACCUCUGUGUGCUGAUCUACUACUAGCUAGUUACUAGCUUUCUAAGGCAAAACCUCACUGAGCCGGGUCUUAAGAGAGGUCCAUAGCAGCGAAACGCAAUCGAGUUCAAGGCAUCCUUGGAUCGGUUCGGUUCUGUUUGGAUUGAUUGAACCGUUCCGUUUGCAAGUUCGAGAACAAACAGUUGGCAGGAUCGCCAAUUGAGCACUAUCUCGAACGAACGGCGCCAAAGGGCUAGCUGAAGAAUUUUAACUACGCUCCUCAAAUCAGUGUGAAACCGGUGUGUAAUUGCGAAUCGCGCUAAGGGAGAAGACGAAGGAAAACUAAACGGAAGUGUGGGUAGAUUUUUUUUAAUUUGAGGUUCCAAAAGUGUGCGUGUAGCUGGUGCUUGAUUGAUAUACAUCGCUAGUGAUACGCGUAAUUAAAUUUGCGGUGCUUGUGAGCUGAAGAAGUAAAAAAAAGGGUAAAUCACUUCGAUUGCUGCCGGCAGGUUUGUGUUUGUGUGUGCAUUUCGAGCAACAGUUUGUACCUUCUGCGAGUUACGUAAGGGUUUUUGGGGGGCAGACUCUAGACGAGAACUGCUAAUUUCCGUUGGAUAAUUUUCCAUUCCGAAAGAAGAAAACGUGCAUGAAUUCGAAGCAGACCUCAUACUGUACGUGUACCGUAGACCGUACUAAUUUACACUACAGUCAAUUUUCGGAUUCGUUCCACCGUCGGUGAAGUGUAUAUGUAUGAUUUCACUCGAGUGCCCUUCGUAUGCCGCUGCCAAUCCGAGAACCAUGUAAUUUUGUCACCAAACAUCGGACGAAUCUAGGCAAGCUUUGCUUAGCCCGAGAGUGAGAUAACAAAAAGCAAUUUCCGCUUUCCAUUUCCUAGAAACGAGAAAAGCAAAUCCGAGCAGGCCUUGAAAUGGCCUCCGGUAAUAGAGCGCCUUCUAGCGCAGGUGGCGCCGAAAACCAACAACAGUCCGAAGAAUCCGGCAGGGACGAAGUUGAUUUCGUGCUAAAGGUUCCCACCUCGACACUCGAUUCUGACGCGUGUGUAAGCUGCAACAAAAACCAAAAAGCGGGACCACUAAAUAACAACAAUUGUCCCCACAUCAACAUCCCGAAACAACCCACCCUGGACAAGUUCAACAUCUUCCAUCUGAGAAGACGACCCAAAAGUGAUCCCGGAACCGGAACGAUCGCCAAACAUGCUCAACAAAAGUCGCAAGACUCUAUCCCAACUGUUCCGGUUCCGGUUCCUCAAAACCCAGCCGAUCUAGCUCGGAACAAGAAGAAAUCCCGCUUCGUCAAAUCCGCUUCCAUCGCCCGAAUAUUCGGCAACAACUACAAUACCAAAAAGUACGAACAGGACAGUGGCGCCCUCCUCAAGCUGCAACAGUUCAAGCGAAACUUUAUGAACAGUGAAAAAUUCCACAAAAAGGAUCCCUCGGAACAACAAAUCCAAACCCCUCAAACCCAAGAUCCAAACCGAAUUGGGGAUGGGUGUUAUGUGAAUGAGGGUGGAAUGGGGGCUGGGGGUGUUGGGGAUCCGGCCGGGUCCAAGGCGAUUUGGUCCAUUACCCGCGGGCUGGGGAGGUUGUUGAGGAGGCAUAGUCACAGCAUCGAUAUCAGUCGGCCGGAUCCGGAGUUUAAGGUUUCGUACCUGGGGAAUGUGCUGACCGGAUGGGCGAAAGGCGAGGGUUGCGCGGAAAAGCCGCUGGCGACGCUGUGGCGCAACUACACCCAGAACAGUAAACCGGACGUGAUGAUGAAGCUGUGCCUGUGUCCCUCGGGGCUGAAGGCAACAACCAGGCAGCACGGCCUCACCGAGUACUGGUCCCACCGGAUCACCUACUGCAGCUCACCAAAGAACUAUCCACGGGUCUUCUGCUGGAUCUAUCGGCACGAGGGCCGGAAGCUGAAGCACGAGUUCCGGUGCCAUGCGGUCAUCUGCGCGAAGGAGUCUAUUGCGCAGGACAUCAGCAGUACCUUGAAGGAAAACCUGGCCAAGGCGCUGCAGGAGUUUAAACGGGACAAGUUGAACAAACAGAACGCCCGGCUCAGUUUGGCCAACAGCGUAUACGAUAAUCCUACGAUGCCUCGGAGAAAGAUCAUGCUAAGCGUGGGUUCGAGCAACUACCGACCACCGUUGGAACGUUCCAAAUCGGCUCCCAAGUUGAUGGCAAUCGAGGAAAUGAUCGGCGAAGAGGAUGAGGACGAUGAGAUCGGGGUAGCUGUUGAUAAGGUGGUGGCUGCUGUUUCCGGUUGUUCCGCCGUUGGAAGUAAGAGCUGUGGUCAGGCUGCUGGAGAGGAGUUGAGGGCGUGCUGCAAGGAGGACUCGUUGUUCCCAUCGACAACACUGGGUAGGCGGAGAUGUAGGCGGGGUCACUCGAUUCGGCGGGGUCGGUUGAGGAAUUCGUUCAAGUGUCCGAAGGCUGUCGAGGCCAAGGUUCCGUUGAAGAAUGAGAACGUCGUUCAGGAUAGUCCGAUGAACAAGUCGAUGGACUCGCUGCUGGAUACCAUUAAGGAUGAAGGGGUGGUCGCGGAAGUUGAAGGGAAGUUGGUCCAUAGGUCGGAUUCGUCCGAGGAUGAUUUUGAGGCGUUCCUGCUCAAUUACAAUUACAAUUCCAAAGAACCACUCUCGACGGAGUUAAUCUCGUACCUGGAUAUGAAGCUGAGUCCGAAGGGGGCUUUAAGUAUGCACGAUCUGAGUGAGGAAGGUGUAGUUGAUAAUGAGGGUUCUAGUCGUCGAUUGGAGGAUGCUAGAUUGGCAUUGAGUCUGGAUGAUUUGGAUAACUACGAAUCGGAGGAACACGACAGAGAUGAAUCUGAGGAUGAGGUUUUCUUCCAUCAGGAUGAGGUUCUGGAGAUGUUGAGGAAUGCGGCCGAAUCGGCGAAUAGUUUUGUUGCGGGAGAGAAAAGAGAUCUGAUGAGUAUGCUUCAGGAAGCGCCCUGUGGCGAGGACGAUACGGCUCCUCCUUCGCUGCUGUGCGUGACCAACAAAAUCUCCGGAACCACCGACAGUGACGAGGGUUCCAUUUCCAGUGGCUGUGAAACUUCCAGUACAGUUACCACCAAUACGGAUGAAUCGGGCACCACAAACAGUGGUGUGGUCCUCCUCAAAACAUGCUCUGUUCUCGAGAGGGUCCGAAGCUUCGAACAGCUUGCUGAACAUCAGGUUGUCCACGAACCUCUCGGUGAAAAGACCCCUCUAGGUAAGCACCUACACGAGAGCGCCAUAUUCAAGCGGAGUAUAACCUUCCCGGCCCCAGGAAUCAAGACGAGCUUCCUUCUUCCGAGCACCUCGGACAGUCACUCCUCCCAGCUAAACUCCUUCAGCGAGCAGGAUCCGGAACCGCAUUCCCUCGAGUCUCACCAUAGCCUUCACCCAACCUCAAACUCCAGCAGUAAACCAACGACAUCCCCAAGAAGUGCGAAUGCCCCAAAUGGACCUGUCCCACGGCAUCGACUACUCAAAACUUCCGGCGGCGGCGUUGGAGGUCCGAUGGCCUCCGCAGUCAAUACUCAGCUCAUCAACCACCUCCAGGCAAUCGAUUCGGAUUCGGACCUGUCGGAUGAGUCCGGUUAUGUGGAGUUUCAGGACCACCACCACCAGCGCCAACCAUCGAUAAAGUCGGUUACGGCCUAGCAAUAGCAUACUGAAGCCGAUGGUCAGUAGCCAUCGGUGAUUUUUGACGGAAGCUAGUGAUUUGAAUUGAACUAAAUUUUGAAUUGUUAUUUUUUUUUUUUCUGAAGACUUGACUGAAUUGGGAAGAAAACUUUGAUUGUUUUGUUAAAAAUUGUCUGAAAAUCUUGCAAUAGCCUUUAAAACUUCUCGACCGUAAAAAUGACAAUUUCAAUUGAAUUCAGAACGAAGAACUCAGAACAAAGAAAACAGAACUCGGAGCUCAGGAGUCGGAGCUCAGAAUUAGAAUCCAGGAAUCAAAAUCAGAAAUCAGGAUCAGGACUCUGAACUUUGAGCUCAGAACUCAAGAUUUCGACCGCAAAACACAAGAUUCAGAAAGCAGAAUUUUGAACUCAGUACUCAAAACUAAGAACUAAGCACUCAGAACUCAAAAAUGUGGAAAAAAAAUAGAAGUGUGGAAUUAGAAAUGAGCAAUCAGUAAUAAGAAAUUUAAAAAAAAAUGAGAACGAAAAUGAGAUAAUGGAAGAUAAAAUGAUAGAAGAGAAAUGAGAAAUUAGAGAAGAGAAACAAGAAAUGAUAUUGAUACCAGGUACGAGAUAUGAAAAAUGACGAACAAGAAAUGAGAAAUCAGAAAUCAGAGAAAUGAGAAACGAGGAAUAAGAAAUGAGAAAUGAUAAAUGAGUAAUGAGCAAUCAGUAAUCAAAAAUCAAAAAUUCAUAUCAGAAGUAAAUUAUUUUAAAUCUGAGAUCUGAAUGAGAAAUCUGAAAUCUGAAUAAGAAAUCUGAAAUCUGAAAUCUGAAUCUGAAAUCUGAAUAAGAAAUCUGAAAUCUGAAAUCUGAAAUCUGAAUCUGAAAUCUGAAUCUGAAAUCUGAAAUCUGAAUCUGAAAUCUGAAUCUGAAAUCUGAAUCUGAAAUCUGAAUCUGAAAUCUGAAUCUGAAAUCUGAAUCUGAAAUCUGAAUCUGAAAUCUGAAUCUGAAAUCUGAAUCUGAAAUCUGAAUCUAAAAUCUGAAAUCUGAAAUCUGAAUCUGAAAUCUGAAUCUGAAAUCUGAAUCUGAAUCUGAAAUCUGAAUCUGAAAUCCGAAUCUAAAAUCUGAAUCUGAAAUCUGAAUCUGAAAUCUGAAUCUGAAAUCUGAAUCUGAAAUCUGAAUCUGAAAUCUGAAUCUGAAAUCUGAAUCUGAAAUCUGAAUCUGAAAUCUGAAUCUGAAAUCUGAAUCUGAAA